AUUGAUGGAUAUUAAAAACACCUGCUUUGCCCAUUCCAUUCCCAGGUCUCUCGACAGCUCCGCAGUCUCUCUCUCUCUCAUUCUCUUUCAUGGAAAAUUAAGCGACAAACACAUAAAAGAGAUUCAGGGAGUUGUCCAAAGCUCUCUGCCCUUUUUCUCUCUUUUUAUACCUGAUCCUGAUCAACUUUCUUCAACAAGCUUCCAAGAUGGCAAAUUCUUCAGGUCAAUUAACUAAAAGUGUGAAGAGACUAGAAUCCAGAAAGUCACAUUCAUGGUGGUGGGAUAGCCACAUCAGUCCCAAGAAUUCAAGAUGGCUAGCAGAAAAUCUCGAGGAAAUGGAUCGUAGCGUCAAGCACAUGCUGAAGCUCAUUGAAGAAGAUGGAGAGUCAUUUAUGAAAAAGGCUGAGAUGUAUUAUCAGAAGAGGCCAGAACUUGUAUCUCAUGUUGAGGAGUUCUACCGUGUGUAUCGUUCUUUGGCAGAGCGUUAUGAUCACCUGACAGGAGAAUUGAGGAAGAAUAUUCCAUCAGACCUCCAAUCUCAGGGUUCCGACGUCUCUGACAUUGCCUCUGAUCUACCCCCUAUUUGGCCAUCCUCAGACCAAAGGCUGAGUCGUCGUAAAUCUGGCCCCCGAGCUGCUGGCUUCAGUGUCUUCCUUGGUUCUGGUGGGAGUGGCUCUGAUAUGUACCAGAAAGAAGAGGAUGAGUCAUCUACUCGAACAGAUUAUGAAUCAGAAUCUGAUGAUUCUUCAGUCAAUAAUUACUCAGUUUUGUCAGGGAAUGGGAGUGAUCAAGGGGUUAGCAGGAAAAUGGUUGAGUUGGAGCUUGAACUUCAUGAAAUGAAACAGAAGCUACGGAUGCUGGAGGAAGAAAAUACAGAUGGUUCAGUAAGAGGAGCAAAAAGUAAUAAUUCCGAACUUCUUGCUAGAAUUAGGGAGUAUGAGGAAAAACUCGAAUUUUCCAACAGAAGAAUACAGCUCUCUGAAGAAAAAAUCACCUGGUUGAGGACCGAGCUCCAAAAAUAUAAACCACUAGAGGCAGCUGACCUGGAAUCUUCUGAAGAAGAAAGUGUCAAAAUGCACAAGACUGAGCAGAUUGAGGUAAAUCAGGCAUUGGAUCUUCAAAACAAGAUUGGUAUAAUGGAGAAAGAAAAUGAACAUGCAGAUGGCAAGAUGCAGGCACUGGUGGAAGAAUUAAGUAUUACCAAAGAAAUGCUCCAGGCUUCUGAGAAAGAAAUUGCUAGUUUGAAGUUUGAGAAGAAGCAAUCUUCUGAAAAAAUUCAAAAGUUGCAGGGUCAGCUUGAUACGGCUCAAAGAGAGAUAAUCACAUGGAAAUCCAAACUGAAUACAGAGAGAAGAGAGGUCUCCAAGCUGCAGGAAAGAAUUGCAAUGUUGAAGAAUAGUUUAUCAGACAGGGAUCAUGAGAUCCGGGAUUUAAAGAUAGCUGUAUCUGAUGCUGAGCAGAAGAUUUUUCCUGAAAAAGCUCAUAUCAAAGCUGAAAUAUCAAAAUUGUUGGAAGGACGAAUUUUUUUGGAACAACAGCUCAGGGACUGGGAAGCACGUGGCCGGUCCUUGGAGGAGGAGAUCAGAAAAGCUGUGAAUGAAAAAAGAGAAUCAGAGGAGAGGCUUCAUAGUGAAAUUGAGCAUUUGAGGUUGGAGAUUGCUGAGAGAAGUGAUUGCAUUAAAGUUUUAAAUGAGAACCUUGAGACAUUAAAAUCGGAAAGGGAUGAGCAUAAGAUCAAAAUCAAUUCACUCAAAGCAGAUAUUAGUUGUAGGGAUAAUCAGAUUGUUCAAAUGGACAAGCAUCUCCAGGACUUACAUAUGGAGCAUGUGAAGCUAAUUGCUAGUGCUGAAGAAGCUCAUAAAUCGGUGGAUGAACUCCAAUCAAAAGCUAAGGAGCUAGAGGAUGUGAUUGAGAGGCAAAGAAUCAUGAUACUGGAGGGAGCAGAAGAGAAACGAGAAGCUAUAAGGCAGCUUUGCUUCUCCCUGGAUCAUUACCGAGAUGGGUAUCAUUGGCUUCGGCAAGCAUUUAUGGGGCAAAAGAGAGUUCCAGUUUUGACUACAUGAAUAUGCGAUGCUACAUAAUGUCUCCUUUUACUUGGUUGCUUGGAUAUUUUGUGUUGAGUCCCCAUAUUAUCUCAGUAGUCCCUGCAGGUGGCUUUGUCAUCUCCUGCUUGUUUAAUGAGAAUACAGAAAACAGAAGUUGCAUUUUAGACAGAAUAUGAUAGUUUUGCUCACAAAUACUAGCGCCAAGAUGAUGCGCUUGGAAUGUUGGGAUCCAGGUGCAUUUUAGACAGAGAAUAUGACAGUUUUGCAUUUUAACAUUUGGUUGUCCAAUAUGCUUUGAGACUUCCCGGUCAAUCAAUCUGCUCCUCGCUUGCCAUGCUCAAACUUAUACCCCUGUGGUUUCGUUGAUGAAUGGUUGAAGAGGAAUAAGUCGGUUAGUCUUGGUAGUCCUUGGUCUCAGUUUCAUCCUGUUUGUCUGUAAUUCUGUUGACGUGAGUGUGCUACCUUGUCUUGUUUAUGCGCCCCCUACUGUCGAGUUUGAAUGGUAUGUGUUGGCUUAAGUUUCACUUUGUUGUUGUAUACUGCUGCUCGUAUUAUGUGCUGAGUCAAAAUAAUUAAUUGAAUAAUAUAUAUAUAGAGUGGUGAGAGAGUUAAUUUUCA